AUGUCCUACUUUUAUGGGUCAGUGUCACAGCGGUACAAGGAACACAGUGAUGACUCCACUGACAAGAGGGCUACCGACAACACUGUGUCUCCGGCUAAGGAUGAGAAGAGGGCGAUCAGAAGAGUGCGAAGUCCAUCCAGACCGAGGGCAUGGUUGUCCACUUCUUACAAACCAAAGUUUGCAGGGCGGUUCCACAAGCCUCGUUUUACAAGGGAUGACCAUGCAUUCCACAAAGCCGGCUUUGGCACCCAGCGGCACCACCACACGAGCCACUGGGCUUACGUCCACCGGAGAGAUCACUUCCAUUCUAAACUUCACCACAUUCCACUGAAGGAAAGGGUCAGGCUGAAGGAGCGGGAGAAGGAGAAGUACAAGCGGAGAGAGAGCACCGAAGGAAGCUCAUCUCCAAAGCAAGAAAACACUACUAGACCUUUCACUUCAAGGUCCUCCUCCAGCAGAGACAAGGAUAUGCAGUUCACCAGCAACAGGAAUCAAAGCAGGGAGAGAGAUCACAAGGGGACAAAAAGCAAAGAACGAAGCGGAGAGAGGGAGCUCCCUUCAACUGUGAGCCAGACGGCGGCACGAGACAGAGCCAUCCAACAGAAGAGGAAAGAGAUAGAUGAGGUGUACUAUCAGGAGUGUGAAAUGUUUGGCUUUGUAGUAAAGAUGCUGAUUAAAAAGGAUCCAUCUCUGGAGCGUCCCAUCCAGUCCUCUUUACAGCAGAACCUCCGGGACAUCGGCAAACGCUGCGUAGAAGCAAUGGAGAAAUUUAUCGAGGACUACGACUCCAGGGAGCUGUCACACUGAUCAGACACGCCAUGCUGCCUGUGUUCUUAGUCUUUUAAAGUGCUGAGAACUUGAUUUGAUUUAUUGCUGCUUUUGUUUUCUUAUUUGUAAUAAUCUUGUGCAUUGCUGUCUGCUGCUUGGAUAAUAGUCCCCUCUGUCUGCAGUGUAAUUCUGAACACUGGUGAAAACGUUUUAAUUAUGCUUGUUAUUUUGAAAAUGUGCUGGUGAUGAUGACGAUGCACUGGUUGUAUUGCUUUAAAAGGUCUCAUAUAGACUGAAAUAUAUUUUGACAUAAUUUAUUUUUGCUUGCAAUAAAUUUGUUUACAGCAUUUUAAACAUUAUGUGGUCCAAAAAUAUGCUCAGUGAUGUGUUCAUGGCUAUAUCGAUCACUUCAGGUCACAGCAGGAAAUACAUUAAUAGGUCAGUAGGUGACUUGGACACACUAUUGUUUAUGGUUUCAACACCUGUAGAUUCUGUGAUAUUUGAUAUAGACCAGUGUUGCUCGUCUUACAGCCUGAAUCACGGCCCCUCUGCCGAUCUUUGUUUAGUGUACUAAAUUGUGUGAAGAGGUUCAAGCUAUGGAUGUGUGAAAAAGAA